GUCAUUACCGUGUUGGCAGUUUUCUGUUUUACCACAGAAAGCACUUGCACAUAAUAGCUUUGAUGGUCCGGAAAAAAUUCUCAAAAGCGGAUUGCGCAUCAUUGGGAGAAGAGGCAUUGUUCGGUGACUACAGAACGAAGGUUGAGUGUGCAUCAACGCUGGAGAAUCGAUAGUUGUAUAUGUUUAUAGGCGGACUUCGUGCGCGAACCUGCCAGUACAGUGGGGAUAGCGAGAUUGUCACAAACCAUUAGAACAGCAUUCCUAGAUCCCAACAGAUGGUUCUGCUUCGUGCGGGGGUAGCCGAUAGUCCGUUCACACUGCCGUGUGUCCAAUAACAGCUGCAACUGUAGAAGACACACACACAAAAAUACAUUGCUUUGCACGUGAAUCUCUCGCUAUCCUGCAUGUGCGUUUGAUGCAGACGACUGGCAGUAUUUUCCCGCGCUAAAUAGCUCAACCCCAGAUUUGGACAUCGAUGCUGUUUAUAAUGGUGCGGAGUGAUGCUUUAAAAGUGAAGGUCUGCUGCAGUGGAAUCGAAAUUACGAUCUAAGAACUAAGAGCUCUGCAGGUCACAGAGUGCGCGCGCACAUACACACACACACACACACAACACACUCGGAUGAUUGCCAGACCUCCUCCGUCAACUUAGUUUGAAUAUCAUUGAUGAAUAAUUUGUCACUGAUCAAUACCAGAGCAAUCCCAUGAGGCUAGUACUACAGGCCGGAACAUGUGAGUGUGUGUGUAUUGACCGGACUGCCACCAUAAACAUUCACUGACAACACGGUGCCACACUAGCGACGGGAGCUACUCGUUCGGACAUACGUAUCACGUGCAUUCAGUAAAGAUAAGCAAUGGAAGCGCCUAUUGGAUAGUUGAAUACGGGACGUUUUCCACCAAUGACAACGACGGACGCAGAUGUAUUCUCUGUCGCUCAGGCCAUAUAGUGACGUAACGAGGUGACGUAACGAGGUGUCGUCAUGAGACCCGCAGUACAGGCCAGCAUUUUACGUAAUCGGACACAGAUACCACGGCGCAUGCGUGGAAGGCCACAUACGUUUUCUUUGAAUCGUCUGCUGAUGUUAGUUCUGAUUGGCGCCAUCUUCUUCAUCCCCGGACUGGCUCUAACUGUGAUCGGCGUGCAGAAGUACAGCGGCGUCUAUGACCUCCCUGAAGGUCAGAAAGUGAUGUUUAAAGGGAUUGGUCCAGCCAUGUGCACGUUCGGCGUGGGACUGCUGGUCGGUGCUGGGAUAUACUACUGUUGCUAUGGUCUCGGAGAGGGACUUGGCAGUCGGGCGCUUGCCGCCUCACACGAGGGCUCUAUGAUAUCUAACGAGUCUCGUCCAGGGAAGCAAUCCAGUUUGCUAGACCAUCAAGAAAACGGAAACUCUCCAAUGGGGACACCAGACGUCAAGGACAAAAAACAUCAUCGUCACCAUCGACAUCACCACCAUUACCAUCAUCACCCGCAACAGCGUGUCGUCUUCAAUGAGGAGAGCGUGCCGCUUGCGUCUUGCGAAAAUAUUUCAGAUAUAAAUAAUUUGACGCCCCAGCCGCCUGUCUCUAUAGUAGUGGAGGAACCGUCAGACACGAGACCGUCGCCUAGCGACGACGUGUCAGAACACGUCAUCAACGGAGAUAUACGAGCGCCGUCGCCCGAGAGUUACCAGUCGUAGUACUGACCUUCACCCCUAUAAUUCUCGACUGAUGACGUGACGUUACAUGACGUGUUUGGACACUGGCGCCACCUAUAUAUAUAUAUAUAUAUCUGUAGCAGACGUGGUAACGUUCACAAAGAUUUGCGCGUUUUUUUUCUUUUAAAAAGAAGUCUGGUGAACUGGGCGACAUAUAGGGGUACCACAUGUGGAAAUAACAAUAUUUGUUGUGUGGUGGUGGUGGUGUGGGUUUCUGUUCACAUUCUGCUCAACAUACGUGGCCUUGAUUCUAGAUACUAGUAAUACGUUCGCACCAAGGCAGCAGCAAGGACGUGCGAACUCUUAGGUGUGCAUUCGUUCUUGUGCUUUGUACGACAGGGACACCAUUCAGCAUAAUAGUGUGUUUUUAAAGCUGCAAUCUCGUCUAACGUUUAUUAUAAUACCAUUUACUAAUGUAAAAUACAAAUGCAACCUUAGUUUUAAUAAACUCGAGUGUUGUCGCUAUUAACGGCUAUCAUAAGCUGCCUUCAUACAGAAUGUAGGUCAGUCACCAGGGUUUUAAUAGUUUGAAACACAAAACAGAGUUGUAUAUAUAUAUAGUGACCCGCUUCUGAGUGUUAAAAUAAAGAAUUAUUCAUUUUAAUGUGACGUAGAUUAGAGAAUUAAGCCAAAUGAUAUUGACGAUUGGCCUACGUUGGCAAAAAAAAACCCCAACUAAUAUAGAUGCUUCAACCUAAAUGGUUCCAUAAUUGAAAUCUGCUCGAGAUUGCACCUUUAAUAUAUAUAUAUAUAUAUAUAUAUAUAUAUAUAUAUAUAUAGUUACUAGUGACAAGUGUGGAGCAUUGGAAUCAAACCCAAUACACAGUUUAUCUAGGAAUACAUUGACGUAGAUACCGUGAGCCGACGAACAAACUGAUGCUGUGCGGACAUGUUUAGAAGUUCAGGAACUUGGUACAGUGGUGUUCCAAUACACGUUCAUAUUGAGAUUACGAAACUAUUUUAUCAUACCUGCGAAAUCACCGAAAAUGUAUGUGUCGUUGUGCUUCUAUGGCGGACUCUGUGGUUGUUGUUGUUUUUUGUUGUUUUUUGUCACCCCAGGAUCAAACGUAUAACCACCGCUUGGACUAACCGAACUUCUAGACUUUACAUAGCUGCAGACUCGCCAACUCAUCAGUCCAUCAUUCAUCGCUUAGACCGCCCUUGUUGGACUCAUCUGUAAUGAGAGCCGCCAUUUUUUCUCUCUCAAAUACUUGCUAUGCAUAACGAUGAUGGUUCGUUAUUAAGCAAACACGAAUUUCAGAUCGGGAAGGGGUGGAGGAUUAACAUAGUUAACCCAACCCCAACUGAUAUUUUAAUGGUUUUUGGCAAUAUUUGUCUUUGCUUGAAAAAUAUUGAACCACCAAUACGAAUUCAUGGAUCCGCCCUGAUGUGGAUUAAGGUUUGACAUAUCUUCUCAACUUAGAUUGUACAUAUUUGCCAUCUAUUAUUGUUGAUCAAAUGUGUUAUGUUAAUAUGCGUUUUUGGAUGAAACCAAAUUGGUGGAAGGUGUGGGGUUGUUUCGGUAGUGGUGAUUUCUUAUAUAUGGAAAACCAGUCAAUAUGUCUAUGGUUUUGAUAAUGUCUUUGUUAGAAUACAAAAUAUAAUUCGUCGUAUUUUUGUCAUAAUUGACAUAUAUUAAUACCCCAUUGGCUAAAUAAAUAUCAAAUGGCGGAUUGAGGGGUGGGGUGCUUUGUUCUGAUAUCCACGUCCAAUAAAAUAAACUUUCAUUGUAAAUAAAAACAAAACGUUUCUUGGCAUUGCAAAUUGAAUAGGCUAAAACCUUUUAUUGAUACAGGGAUGAAAGCAGUUGCUGAAACAGCCAAGAUAAAACAACUGCACGUGCAAUUGUGCCUACUUUGGCUGUUCCGGCAUUUGUCUUCACUCCUCUGUUAGAAAUGAUAUUUAUUUUAUGUUUUAUGAUAAUUCGUCCAAAAAUGAAUUUCUAAUGACAUUGGCAUUUGAUUUAGAAAAGAUACUGUGUGAGUUUAUAAUAUUAAAGGCGCAGAUCCUAGUUUCAGCCCGUAAAAUGGACACUAGGUUUAGUUAAUCUACAAACUUUAACACAUUUGGAUAACGUUACAAGAGAGUGAAACAUGAGUCUGUGACGUUG